AUGAAACCAGCUCCUGGUAUAUUCCAACAAUGUAUGGAUGCUGUGAUCGCUGGAAUAGAUGGAACUGCCGCCUAUCUCGACGACAUGUUGGUUACUGGUAGAAUCAUCGGCGAACACAGUGCCCGACUAGAAGCCGUAUUCAAGCGGAUUCAAGACUACGGAUUCCGCGUUCGAAUCGACAAUUGUGCUUUCCUGCAGACGGAGAUCACCUACCUUAAGUUCGUCAUCAACGCACAAGGACGACACCCCGAUCCAGAAAAGAUCAAAGCUAUCCAGAAGAUGCCCGCUCCGAAGGACGUCAGUCAACUUCGCUCUUUUCUGGGACUCAUCAAUUUCUACGAAAACUUCGUCAAGGAUCUUCACAAUCUACGCCCUUCUUUGGACACUUACGAAAAAGGAUGUUGUCUACACACGGACACCGGAGUGCCAGUCUUCUUUCGACAAGAUUAA